GAGUUGGUUGCUGUUAAUAUUUGAUUGAUUGAUUGUUGGAGUUUUUAGUGCCUUUACCCCUGGUUGCUUUCUCCCUGCUUCACCUGUGGUUACUUUUCCCUUACAUUGUAUCCCCUUCCCCUUGGGUAGUGGCACCACUGGUCUCCAAAAUGGCUCCUGAGGCUGCACGCAAAUGCGGUUGGACUGAGUGCUGCCGGGAAACAAAGACCCCUAACAACAACAAGCCAAAAGGAAAAUAAAGGACCAAGAGAACAUAUCCUGAUGUAGUAAGAAGGAGGACUGUCUUCCUACACCACCUGAACACGGUUAGAAGUGGUCACCAUGUCCGGAAAGAACUUGAGAGGACUGACCCCUUGGAUUACGAGCUGGCUGAUAAGUCUCCCUGAAAGAGAAGUCCUGCCUGUGUAAGUGCCAGAGGACAAUAACAUCAGGAAGAAGAGAAAGAAGAAUGAAGUAAAAUGAAGUAGCUCAUAUGCCAGUAGGAGGAAUCUUUUGGAAAAGUCACAUCACCAAUCUUAAGGAUUUCUAGCUGUGUUCCCAGAGGAGAAGAGUCUGUUGGGCAUUGACUGCUGCGGUUUUAGGAGUCAGUUAUUUUUUUCUCAUUGUUUAGAAGUGGGCAAAUACACUCCUACAGCCAGAGGAAAAAGGAUCAGACUGAAUGAGGUGUCUUAACACUGGAAAUGGUGAAAAUGGUAGCUGAGCAUUUGAAGACAUAGUGAAGUAGUGAAUAUGCAAACUUUGAAGGCAAUGCUAUGAAAGAAGAAUCAGUCAAAAAUAGAGACAAAAAUAAACGCAUAAGAUCGCCUUAUUUUCUUUAGAAACUUUUAUAACCUGUUCAGAAGAUCUUUUAAAAAUCUGUGUAGUUUCUAAAUUCUAGUCAUCCUUUUGUCUGUUCAGGCAGGCAGUUGCAUUUUGAUUGCAGAUUUGCCUGUUUGCAGCUUCAUCAGCUGCUGAACACUAAAACAAAGACGGUUCUACAGGGUACCAGAGAAGGAUGAUCCUUGGGAACCUCAGUGGACUGAGUGAAUUCAGACUCCUGGGUUUUUCUGAAAUCUCUCACUUGCACCCUUUGCUCUUUGUAGUUUUAUUAUCUCUGUAUGUUCUCACCUUGAUGGCUAAUGCAGUGAUAGUUUUUAUAAUAAACAGUGAUAAUACCCUUCAUACCCCGAUGUAUUUCUUCCUCACUCAGCUGUCCUGUUUGGAUAUCUGCUAUCUGUCAGUCAUCACCCCAACUAUUCUUGAGAACCUGAUGGUGGGAACAGUAAGUAUUUCCAAGACAAGGUGUGCAAUGCAAAUGUUUUUCUUCCUUUUCUUUGGAGUUGCUGAAUGUUUUCUCUUGGCUGCCAUGUCCCUUGAUCGUUAUUUUGCAAUUUGCUACCCCUUGCAUUACACAGUUAUCAUGAGCAGCAGGGUCUGCAGAAGUCUGGUUGCUGGAACUUACAUUUGUGGAGCUGCUGUGGGCUUAGUUCACACCCUCAUAACAUUCAGCUCACCCUUGUGUGGUUCUGCCAUUGACCACUUCUUCUGUGAGAUUCAGCCACUCCUGGACUUGCUUUGUGGCAACACCUUCCCAAGAGAAAUCCAAGUCAUUGUGGUGGCUAUCUUUGCUAUUCUGAGUCCUUUCUUACUGAUCAUUUAUUCCUAUAUUCGUAUAAUUUACACAAUUCUUCACAUGGCCUCAGCUGAGAGCCAGCAGAAAGCAUUUUCCACUUGCUCCUCACACCUCUUGGUUGUGACUCUUUUUUAUGGCACUGCAGGCUCCACGUAUCUGCGACCAAAAUACAGCUAUUGUGCAUCUGUGGAUAAAUUCCUUUCACUUUCUUAUUCUGUAGUGACUCCUUUACUGAAUCCCAUCAUUUAUAGUUUGAGGAGUAAAGAGGUGAAAGGAGCCCUGAAGAAAAAAUGGAGAAAAAUG